GUUUACGUCGUCCACGUGAGAUUCCGCCGGUGUUUGCUAAGCGCCCGUGAGAAAAGUUGGAACUGUGAUCAUUCCAUGAAGUUAACUCGUGGAAAGCGCGACGAUGUCCCUGUCAGAAAACAGGAAAAAGAUGUUUCAAUAUUCGCUCUCUCAGAUAGAAACCUGCAUCGAAAGCGGUACAUUCGGCAGGGCGCUCGCACAUUUCUGCGUCGUCUUCAAGCUUCAGCCGUCUACGAAGAACGACCUCAAGGAGGCAUUCCUGCUCGCAGUUGGUAAACACACCGAAAAAUUGGAAGCCGAACAGAGGUGGACCGAACUGUUCGAUUGCUACGAGGAGCUACUGAAAGCCUACUACUCGUGUGAAGAACUACACCACUCGCUGGGAGCACUCUUGUUGAGGCACGGCCACAUAAAAGCAGCAGCAUGCAGCAUACGGAAGGCGCUGGAGAUCAACCCAAACUUCACAGCAGCUCGUCAGAGCCUAGAUGGGCUGAGGACGCUGCUUGUGGAACGCUGGCACUUCAGGAUGCUGAACGACAUAUCAAGAAAUGAAGCUUUUCACGAUGCCAUCACAGCUGCUGUCCAGAGCGGUCACAAGCGAGUGCUCGAUAUUGGAGCAGGAACUGGGCUGUUGAGCCUAUUUGCGCUCUCUGCAGGUGCAGAAAAGGUGUACUCAUGCGAGGUGUCCCCAACUUCUUGUGAAGUGGCACACAAUGUAUUUGAUGAGAAUGACUUUGGCACCAAAGCCUGCAUAAUUAAUAAGCACUCCACUGAUCUCACAAUUCCUGGUGAUCUUGAUGAGCGUGUCACACUUGUGGUUACUGAAACAUUUGAUGCUGGCUUGUUUGGAGAACAUGUUCUGAAGACCUUGGACCAUGCCUGGGAGCAUCUUUUGAACAAGGAACCACUUGCCUGCUGCCAGCAAAAAGCCGCAGUGAUUCCUGCAAAGGCUGAGGUAUUUGUUUGCCUUAUUGAAAGCCAAUGGAUAAGGAGUGGGCAAAGGGUUAGCAUGGAGGUGCUGGAGGGUGUUUUGAAGCUGGAAAAUGUUGAAAUCAAGGCUAUGUGCAAUGACGAACAGCCAUACGACUCUGAGAAGCUCAGCCAGGUAAAGCAUGGCUUCCAGAGGCUGUCUGAACCCUUUCGUCUGGUCUCAGUGGAUUUCAACAAUCAUGAGGAGAUUAAAAGCCUCAUCAAAGGCAUUGAAUGGAGAGAGAAAGUUAUUUGCGCUCAGUCUGGCAUCGUAGACGCCGUUUGCUUGUGGUUUAGGCUCAAAGUAGGAGAUACGUGGCUGGACACAGGACCAGACUCAAACAGCUGCUGGGAACAAGCCAUAUUCACUGGUCCAAGUGCACGGGUGUCGUGUGGUGAUGUGGUGGAGCUCAAUGCAACCUGCCAAGGCCACAUAACUAUGCAGUGCGUCUUGCAGUCAUCAAACAAUGCCCCUCCUAAAGAAUUUCUGAGCUUAGAGCCUGCCAUUAUUCGCGCUAUUAAUGGGCAAGCUUAUGUAAUGGCGCGGAUUUCCGAAAAACUGAUUCAGGCACGCGAAGAGCACUCGCCGCAAAGAAUACUGGAUAUUUCAUGCGUUCCAAUCCUAGGUUUGCUUCUUGCACAGUGUCGACCGAAUUGGAAGCUUACUUGUAUGCACAACUCUGACACGAAAGACUUUGUUCACCAUUUUGUGAAGGCUCACAAGUUGGAAGCUGUUGUUAAUGUGGUCGACAGCUUGGACGAAUUGUGCAGUGAGAAACAGGAACAGUAUGAUGUGUUUAUUGUGAAUGUCUUUGAACAAUCUGGGCUUCUGCGACAGGGUGUUUUAGAAGACAUCGCACUUUUAAGGAAGAGUUGCCUUAAGCAUGACGUUACAAUGGUUCCUUCUUCAGUAACGCUCCGGGCUUUACUAAUUGAGAGUGCAGCAUUGGAAGAACAGUCGCGUGUUGUAUCUGACAGCCGUACCCUUGGCUUCAAAAUUUCAGAUUCUAUCAAUGCUUUUCAGGUCCAGAUGCAGCAAGACAUCUGCUUUGCGACACUUCCACAUCGCCCACUGUCUGAUGUCUUCACCCUGCUGGAAAUCAACAUGUGCAACAUUGGACUAGAUUUGCCCGAAAUCUCGGCAGUUCGGUCUGUGCCUUUGCGACAAACGGGUCGGAUAUCAGGCUGCUGCUAUUGGUUUGAACAGGAGUGCUUUGGUGGACUGACUGCGAGCAGUUACAGUGAUAAAGAUGCUUCUCUUCAAGCGGCUGUUGUGUUUAGUAGCGCAGUUCAUGGAACCGUGGGGACUACUGUAAGGGUUGGGACAUCAUGCGUGGACAGUAGUAUCAGCAUCUGGCUUGACAAUAUAAGAAAUUGAAAAGUACUGCAGUAAAGGUGUCGAUGGCAAAAAA